UCCUGUCGUUACCGUUUGACGGGUGGAGGACCGAGCUGGAGAAAGAGGAGGGAGGGCUCCAACCGUUACUGGUCACGACUAUGUCUAACAGCUGAACUACUGAAGUGAGACAUGAGUGAAACAUUCGACAACGGAUCGGCGUUCAUCUUUAACGUCACGUCAACGGUGAACCUGGAGGACUCGAGCGCCGCCGCCGCCGCCCCUCAGCCCUUCCUGAGCAGCGAGGACUACCUGUUCGUGGAGGCCAGGCACCCCAACACGGUGCUGCAGGGCCUCAACAGCCUGCGGCUCAACAACGCCUUCUGUGAUGUCACGCUGUGCUGCGGAGGACAGGAGUUCCCCUGCCACCGCAUCGUGCUCGCUUCCUUUAGCUCCUACUUCCAGGCCAUGUUCUCCACUGACCUGAUCGAGUCCAAACAGGAGCGUGUUGCCAUCAACGGCGUUGAGCCUCAGAUGAUCGGCAUGCUGGUGAGCUACGCCUACACAUCAGAGGUCUACAUCUCUAAAGCUAACGUCCAGGCCCUGCUGGCAGCAGCCAACCUCCUGGACGUGAUGGCGGUCCGAGAGGCCUGUUGUCGUUUCAUGGAGCGCCAGAUGGACGAGAUGAACUGUGUCGGGAUCCACUGCUUCGCUGAGGCUCAUUCCUGUAAGGUGCUGGAGAAACGCAGCAUGGACUACAUCCACGAACACUUCAGCAGCGUUUCUCAGCAGGAGGAGUUCCUGUCUCUGUGUGUGGACAAACUGACAGAAAUCAUCGCCAGCGAUUAUCUCAACGUGCCUAAAGAGGAGAUGGUGUUUGAGGCGGCGAUGUCGUGGCUGAAUAAAUGUUCGUCUCGCAAACAGAGCUUUGAAAAGGUCCUGGAACACAUCCGGCUGCCUCUCAUCAGCCCGUACUACCUCCACGAUGUGAUCGAGUCUCUGGACGUGGUGAAGGAGAACCAGGGCUGCCAGAAGCUCAUCUCAGAGGCCAAGGACUACCUGCUGCUGAAGGACCGCCGAGCAGAGCUCUACUGCCCCAGAGCCAGGCCACGCAGGUCCACCGGGACAUCUGAAGUGAUCGUGACAGUCGGCGGUGAGGACGACAAGGUGGUGCUGCGCAGCGUGGAGAGCUUCGAUCCGGUGACGAACCAGUGGAAGAAUCUGGCCUGCCUGCCCUUCGCUGUGAGCAAACACGGCCUGGUGGUGUCUGACUCCACUCUGUAUCUGGCGGGUGGAGAGUUUCCUGACGGCUCGGCCAGCAGGGAGAUGUGGCGCUACGACCCGUGCUUCGACUCCUGGAUGGAGAUGGAUCCCAUGAACGUAGCUCGCUCCGAGUUAGGCCUGGUGAUGCUGGAUGGCUUCGUCUACGCGGUGGGAGGCUGGGAGGGCCGGUCUCGUCUGGACUCGGUGGAGUGUUACAACCCUCACACCAACUGCUGGCAGUUCACCAAGUCUGUCAAGAUGGCCGUAACCAGUCCUACCGUGGUCACCCUGGAUGGGUUGCUCUAUGUUACUGGUGGAGCAGUUCUAGAGGACGGUGACGGCACCGACCUGGCUCAGGUGUACAACCCUAAAACGUCCGUGUGGACCGAGGUGGCCCCCAUGCAGAUCGCUCGCUCCGGCUCAGCUGCCUGCACACUCAAAGGAAAGAUUUAUGUUAUAGGUGGAUGGCACGCCUCGACAGAGAACACAGACAAGGUGGAGUGUUACAACCCCAAAACCAACCAGUGGACCAUGUGUGCCCCCAUGAAGGAACGACGCUACCGGCCCGGUGCCGCCGUGGUGGACGGGAAGAUCUACGUGCUGGGAGGAGAAGAAGGCUGGGACAGAUAUCACGACACUAUCGAGAGGUACUGUGACGAGACGGACACGUGGGAGCUGGUGGGGGAGAUGCCCACCAGCCGGAGCUGGCUCAGCUGUGUGUCUCUGCAGCUGAGGAAGGACAUCCACAGGAGCAGCUCUCCCAACACCACCAUCGAAGUGAACUGACGGAGUCUGAGGACGUCUUUCCUGGUUAUUCUUUGCGUCCUGCCUCAUUAAGGGGACGUGCACCGUGAAGCUCAGAGCUGCUGGACAACAGCCACCUGAGAAGCUUGAGCUUCUCCUGGCGGAAGAGAGGAGUCUGUUGUUGUUUUUUUUAAUCUUGGAAGAAACUCUUGAACUGUUUGAUGACUCGAUCAGCAGCCUGAACUCGCUCUCUGUAUGAUUUAUGUUUAGGGUAACGUUUUAAUGUCAGAGCACCUCAAAUCUGUGAAGGUUUUCUCAGCCAACAUAGUGUAUUUUUGUAUUAUUAUGUGGUGUAUUUAUUUGGCUGUGACUAGCUGUGAGAAGAUGAAAAGAUGCUCUACGGGCCCAAAGAAUCUACUUGUGAAUAUUUUAAGGCCUCCUGUGAAAAAAAACUCGUCUCUGUGAGCAGUGUUUUUUGUAAUAUUUGUAAGUUCUGAAUGACUGUCUUUGUAAUAUGUUGAGUAUAUUUUUGUAAUGUAACGUGCUUCAUGCAUUUUAGUGACUUUAAAUGGAGUGGGUUCUAAUAAAGAUGAUUAAUUCUUUA